CAUUUAAAUCUGGUUUAAAUGUUUAAAUGUUUAAGAAACGCAUUUGCCAUUAUUUCUACGCUGGCAUAUUUAGUGUUUUCCUAUGUGGAUAGCGGUGCCGCCCAACUAGACGGAGCGGCAUCCUUGGCGUCGCGCACCGCUCGGAAUAGCCGCCGAGCGCGGCGCUUUCAGCUUUGACUUCAUUGCCGCUGACCUAUCAAGGCGCGACCAAUGGCUGAGCCAAGAAGCAAUGAUGACGUCCCUGCGCUGGUCGUGCAUCUAUGCACUGCGCGCCACUCGACGCACAGAUCUGCACGCGUUUUCAACUUGGUAAGUAAAAUACAGAAGUACAAUUAUCCCCACCGCUACCUAGUUAGCUCAAUAAGUUGUAGUUCAAACCCUUCAACGUGCAGGCUAGCAGUCUAAUGGGACGAUGAAUGAUGUAAAGCGUUAAUAAAAAUACUAGCUAGCUCCAACAAGUGAAACCUACAGUAACGUUAGCGGUAAGGUAACGUUAGCUGCUGUUAGCAAAUCAAGUGUUUCUUUAUGCCUAGCUUAUUGCCACAUAUAACCUCAUAACGGGUACAAUCAUGGUCUCACCUAGCACCUAAGCACUAACUUUGAAAAGCCAUCCCUAACUUUGAUUGAAAAUACUCUAACAGCAGAUUAACUGUUUUGACUUUACUAUUGUGCUAUUCCUGAAUUGUCUACAGUAAAAUGAACUUGAUAAAGCCUGAUAAGUUUUCCUACUGCUAUUGUCUCUCUUAUUCCAUCUCAACAUGUGCUUAAUGUAAUUAGCCAUAACAGUAGAUUUACUAAAAUAUUGGCCAGAUGUGUUGGUGAAGUAGUGGCAGAGAAACAGUAAAUAUGUUGUUUAGACAGUUACAAAAUGCAGUUUGUCUAAUAUUUGUCAGUAAGUUUAUAAUCACACAGUGUAAUAAAUCAGUUACUAGUUCAUAGUAAGUUUUUACUAUGCCUAAUUAAGAUAAUUUUCUCUAAGUUGGCAUGGUGGCUUACGGAAUUAUUUAAUUACUUUUUUAUAAAGGAUAAUAAUUACAAUUCCAGCCACAGAUAAAUGACAUUUUGUUUAAAUUAGGCUUUUUGCAAUUGCUCAAAUUGUAUCUUAUUUGUGUUUCAAAUCAACUUUAUUCUUUCUGUACUGAAAGGAUUUAAAUUAGAGGUUUUUCUGAGUAAAUGAAUAGAGCUGAUGUUACUUAAUGCUGCCGUGUACUUUUCUGGUUCAGUAAAACCAUGAGCUGUUGUUAACAAUUAAUGCCUUAUUUUAAUAUCACAGUAAAAAUAAUCCUUAUAUAUUUUAUUCUCAUUUGCAGAAAUGACAAAACCCAAACUUCUUAAUGAUGACAUCCCCGCAAUGCUCUUGCAUCUCCACUCAACGCCUCUGCACACACUUUCAACUUGAUCUGAACGAUUACCUGCUUGAUGAAAAACUUACUGAUGACCUCCAAAAUGCUGAUGAACUGCUUGCUGAGCUGCAGAAAGAGAAGGCAGCACUACCAGCUAGGACAUCCACGUCAAAAGUCAGGUGGAGAAAGAGAGACAGUGAUGGGAAUGUACUCUAUGCAAGGCCAAGGUCACGCAGGAAUCAGUCAGAAAAAGCUGGUGAUCACACGCCUAAUCCUCCCUGCAACACUGCUGAUCAUGGCCCUAACUCUGCUUCAGAGACUGCUUCAAAGACCAUCUCUGCUGAAUGUCUUGUGCAAGAUCUACAGUACUCCUUGAGUGUCUCUGAUGAUGAGAUACAAGAAGCUGCAGUUGACCAGGGAGCUCCUCUGGCUUCUGUGGAUUGGAGCACUCGUAACGCUCUCUUUUUUGAGAGAUGGAGGGCAAAGAGACCUUACCUUGUAAAUAGCAUGCUGGCACAGGGGAACGUGGAAACAAAAAUCUGCAGUCAAUGUGGGAUCAACUGUGCAGCUGUCAGAUGCAGAGACUGCUUACCAUGUCCAUUCCUCUGCGCUGAAUGCGACAUCAGCCGGCACAACAAAACCUACAUCCUUCACAACCGGGAUGCUAUGUGUGCUGGUUUCUUUCAGCCAUUGCCUCCAACCAGUUGCGUUGUGGAUAAUGCUGUUACACACUGUGUACGGCUUUUGCCUAUUGAGAUGCCUGUCCAAAUCUGUCGCUGUCCACCAGAGGCAUUGAGGGUCAUCCAAGGAAAGGCAGUUGCUUUGGUCACAAUAAAUGGACGGUAUGAUCUCAACAUGCCAGAGCUAAGCUGCGAGGGAUGCCAGGCUACUUGGACUGCAGAAGUGGAUGACCUUAUACAAAGUGGCUACUGGCCCGCCACCCUCAAUUUUGCGACAGUUUAUGAGGAAGACUUAUUUUUUACUUUUGAGAGCAUGAAGAUGGCAUCACCUGGAAUGUCCUGUCAGGCAUUUCUACGAAUGCUUGAGAAGCGGACUGUUCGCUUUGGCCGUACUGGAAAGCUCUCAUCUGACAGCUUUCAGAAAAGCUUUUUUGAAUGGGCUGCUGUUCAAUAUGAAGUUGAUGCCAUUUGCAAAGAGGAGCAAUUUAGCUGUCCUGCCUGCACUCCAGCAAUGCUUGCCGUCUCGGUUGACGGAAACCGCAAGCUUUAUCGUUUCAAGAGUACAGCACGAUCAGAGGAGCGGCCGAUCUUUGAUGGUGUCUUCAUUGCUAAUGAUGAAGAUGUGACCAGAUUUGUGGACCAAGUACACACCAAAACCAAACAUGUCACUGGAAAAGGCAUUUGUGGUGGGGAGUGGUUGGCAGCCCGAGAGACUUCCUGCAGAUCUAGGAGUAAGGUGGAUGAGGAAGGACUGGAGCUGGCAGUUUGCAGGCACGGUGUCUUGCUGUCUGCCCUUAAUAUGUUUAGGGGUGAAAUAUAUGCAUACCCCAUGUUCUUACAGAACCAGCUUGCGCCCAAGCACGACAUAACCUUCUUCUGUAUGGAUGUUGCAUGUAAAUACUGGCCCUACCUACAGAGAGUUUGUUUGGACUGUCCAGAGCUCCAGUCUCUUCAAAACAUGAGGCCCUUCCUGUCGGUUUUGCAUGCUAAAGCCCAUGACUUCAAAUGUGAGGUAAAAUGGAGUGGAGCCAACCAAGAUGGGGCUGGUUCGACAUUAGGGGAGGAAGUAGAGCAGUGUAAUGCGUUUCUCUCCAGAAUAGCGGUCACUACAAAGCACAUGUCAAAAGCAGGACGCAAUGACAUGCUUACACUCCUCUCCAUGAGAUGGAACCAGCAGAAGUUUCAAAACCUGGCAAAUUCUCUUUCCCAAAGAUACCAUAAGACUUCUAGAGCUCUAAAUGUCCAGUUGGGGGACCUGGAAACUCUGAAAGCCAAGCUUCAACUGCAAGAAAAAAACAUGGAGGAAUUUGUGCAAGAUGUGAAAGACUGGGCAGAUGACAGCAACAAAUGUCGACACAGAAUUAGACGGAAAAUAAGGCAAGAAAAGACCACUUUGCAGACCAUGCUAGCCAAGUACAACAGCCUUGUAACACCCGAGCAAGCAGUUUGCAUGGAUCAUAUUCUGGACACAGAACAUCCCUGGCCUUGGCAAAUAACACAAGAAGGCGCUGUUGAUUUCAGCACAAAAAAGGAAGUCUUUGAUAGGGUCAUGGCAGUUCGAAGGCUUCAAGAGGAGAAGAAGAUCCUUGUCAAAGAGAUCAAGCAGCACUGGGAUUCUCUGAAGUCCCAUGCCAGAGUCUUGUCUGAGUGGUCUUUCCAUCAGAGUGAAAACACCCAACAAGGACAUCUCACAGAGAAUGCGAAGAAGGGUGUCACUUGCCUCAUCCGCAGAAGGCUGAGGCAAAUGAAAGAGCUGCAAAGGCGUGCAAGAAAAGUCUACCUGCAUGUCCUGUCUAACCCAGAAAAUGACAAUCAGUUUUUUUGCACUACAGAUAGUUCAGAUGAAUUUGACUUUAGCUCGGAAAGUUCAGACUCCGAUGUUGACGCUAUGUAAAUACUCUUCAAAAAUACUAAAAUACUACUACAAUGUCAUUGCACCUGAUUUGAUUACAUUUUAUCUUAAACCUACCCCAAAUACCGCCAACAAUCUAAGACUACAAAUCACAGCACAAAGACUAAGCAUAGCCUAGUGUUAAACAGUGGUGGAAGUAUACAUAUCCUUUAUUUCAUUAAAAGUACUAAUGCCACACUGUAAAAAUACUCUUUUACAAGUAAAGGGAAACGAAAAUGGUAGGCCAACAAACACGGAGUAAAGGAAUAAAACAAAAUCUGUGCUAAAUGGAAGGUGGACAUAAUUAAUGUUGGCUACUGAUGUACAACCACAUUGCACAUUGUUAUUUUAUAAAUGAAAUAAACAAAAUGUUAGGGCCAAUUUGGGGUCAGUUGGACUACACUAACGUAGUGGAGUAAAAAGUAACAUAUUUUCUCUGAAAUGUCGCGGAGUAGAAGUAGAAAGUGACAUAAAAAGAAAAGACUCAUAAAGUACAAGUUCCUCAACAUCUCGAGUGAAGUACAGUACUGGAGUAAAUUUACUUAGUUACAUUCCACCACUGUUGUAAUGUUUUAAACAUGUAAAUAAUUAUUUUUGAAUGUACAGGCAAAACUCAUUUUUUCCCUGUAUUGUAUAUGAAUGUGUUCCCUUAUGGAAAUGUUUUGCAUGAUGUUUUUUUAAUAAAUU